AUGCCUUAUCCACUACUGUUGGCGUCCCAACGCCGUCUCCUAGCUGCAGGAAAUAAAUCUGGUUCUCUGAAAACAGCUGUAGCAAGGUCUUUUUCCACAAAGCCCCAAGAAAUUGAGUCUUUUCUAAGUGGAACUUCGAGUUUGUACGCUGAACAAAUGUUGGAGCAAUACGAAGAAGAUCCUAAUUCUGUUCAUCCAUCCUGGAAGAAGUACUUUGACAACUUGCAAGAGGGGGUAGCGUUUAAUCAAGAAGAUUAUGCUCGACCUACAGUCAUUCCAGGAAAGCGUCAAGGGGCAGCUGACGCUGUUCCAUCCGAUUCGUUGGCUGUUUCCCACAUUAUUCGAUCGUACCAAGUCAAUGGACACUUGGCUGCCAAACUGGAUCCUUUGGGCUUGUAUACAGCGGAUGCCUUUCCGUUUCGACCACAAGCGACGACACCAGAUGGUUAUCCUGAAGAAUUGGGACACGAAUUUCAUGGAUUCGUCGAUGCCGACUUGGAUCGCAAACUCCAUUUUGUUGGAGGAGCCUCGGGUGGUAACAAGGGAUAUUUGGAAGAAUUGAGUAAUGCGCCUCACAAGGUGACACUGCGCGCCAUUUUGGACGAAUUACGCAAAACAUACUGUGGGACUUUGGCAGUGGAAUACAUGCACAUUGGAGACAAAAACAAGGCAAAUUGGCUUCGUGAGCGCAUUGAGAAUCCUCGGUGGUUGAAUUAUGACAAGGAGAAAAAGACUCAUAUCUUUGAACGAUUGUGCUUUGCGGAUACCUUCGAGAACUUUCUGGCUCAUAAAUUCAACACUACCAAACGAUUUGGUCUGGAUGGAGGAGAAGCCAUUAUCCCUGCACUCAAGGACGCCAUCGAUCGAGCCAGUGAACUUGGAGCUCACUCAUUUGUCAUUGGAAUGCCACACCGAGGGCGAUUGAAUGUCUUGGCCAAUGUCAUGAGAAAGCCCAUGCCAUUGAUUUUUAGCGAAUUCCAAGGAACCAACUACAACGUAGAUGACUACACCAAGGGAAAUAGCAAGUGGGGAAUCUCAGGUGAUGUCAAGUAUCACUUGGGAUCCAGUAUGGAUCGGACGUAUCCAGAUGGAAGAACCAUUCACUUGAGUUUGGUAGCAAAUCCUUCGCAUCUGGAAUGUGUGGAUCCUGUGGUUGCUGGUAAGGCCAGAGCCAAGCAAUACUAUUCUGGAAAUAGACCGGAAGAUAUGCGCGCUGUUGUUCCAGUCCUCCUUCACGGAGAUGCUGCCUUUGCAGGACAAGGAGUAGUCUACGAAACCAUGCAAUUGGCUAAGGUCCCGGAUUUUGAUGUCGGAGGAACCAUCCAUGUGAUUGUCAAUAACCAAAUUGGUUUCACCACCAAUCCAAUUCACUCGCGAUCCACACCCUACUGCAGUGAUCUGGGUAAGGCAUUCAACUGUCCUAUUUUCCAUUGUAACGGAGAUGACCCAUUGGCCGUGUCGACUGCUUUGGAAACUGCUGUCGAGUGGCGACAAGAAUGGGGAGGAGAUGUUAUCAUUGAUAUGGUAUGCUAUCGUCGCAAUGGUCACAACGAAUUGGACCAGCCUAGUUUCACACAGCCACGAUUGUACGCGGAGAUUUCCAAGCAUCCGUCGAGCCUUCAAAUUUUCGAAAAAAGACUCAUCGAGGAGGGAACUCUCACUCAAGAAGAAAUUGAUGAGAUCAAGCAAUUUACUCUAGAUUCUUACGAGAGUGACCUCGAAGCAUCCAAGACCUACGAAACGAAGAUGGAUGAUUGGCUAUCUAGUAAAUGGACAGGGUUCCACGGACCCAAGCAAAUAUCACGUAUCCGUCAAACAGGAGUCGAUAUUGACUUGUUGAAAAAGGUUGGGUUGCAAGCUGGUACGGUUCCAGACGAUUUUGCUCUGCACAGACAAAUGGCAAAAAUCUUCAAGGGACGUCGCGACAUGGCCGAAGCUGGCACUGGAAUUGACUGGGGACUUGCCGAAGCCAUGGCGUUCGGAUCCCUGCUCGUUGAGGGAAAUCAUGUUCGAAUCACUGGACAAGAUGUGCAGCGUGGAACAUUCAGUCACCGUCAUGCUGUAGUGAAGGAUCAAAAGACGGAGGAAGAAUACGCACCUCUUAAUCAUAUUACCAAGAAGAUGGAUCCAUCAUGUCCAAAAGAAGAGAUGUCAGGGCCUGAUACUCAAGCAGGAUUCACGGCAAGAAAUUCUAUUCUUUCAGAAUUUGCAGUUUUGGGCUUUGAGCUUGGAUAUUCCUUGGAAAACCCCAAUGCGUUGGUGUUGUGGGAGGCCCAGUUCGGGGACUUUGUCAACGGUGCUCAAAUUAUCAUCGAUCAGUUCAUUAGUUCCGGAGAAGAUAAAUGGCUGCGCCAAUCUGGCUUGGUCAUGUUAUUGCCUCAUGGAUAUGACGGACAAGGUGCCGAGCACUCAAGUUGCCGUUUCGAACGGUUCCUACAAGGAAUUGACGAAGAUCCUCACUUUGUCCCUGAUUUUAGCAGGGAUGAGAGAAUGCAGAUUCAAAAACAUAACUGGCAGGUUGUGAACUGUACAACACCAGCGAACUACUUUCAUGUUCUACGUCGUCAGAUCCACCGUGACUUCCGAAAACCUCUUAUUGUUGUUUCUCCCAAGAAUCUCCUGCGACUCAAGAAGUGUGUUUCAACUCUAGAGGAAAUGGGACCAGGAACAGAAUUCAUUCGAGUGUACGACGAUACUGACCCAAUGGUCAAUGAAGAUCCAGAAAAGGUUGAGAGACUGGUCUUUUGCACUGGCCAAAUCUACUAUGAACUACUGGCAGAGCGUGAAACCCGAGGCCUCACAAACACUGCAUUGGUUCGAUUAGAGCAAAUUGCACCAUUCCCCUUUGAUCGUAUUGCUCAGAGCAGUGCUAAAUACCCCAAUGCUGAGGUCAUUUGGGCCCAACAAGAGCCGAAGAACAUGGGAGCCUACUCUUACGUGAACCCUAGGAUCAUGACGGCAACUCGUGAGAUUAACCAUGAUGAAAGACGUCCGCGAUAUGUUGGCCGCCAAGUUAGUGCAGCACCUGCAACUGGAAUGUCCAGAGUCCACCAAGCAGAGUUUAAGGACAUCAUGGAAGGAGUUUUUGGCGUCCCUGAAGCCGCUUAG